AAAGGGGUCUUCCUAUAUAGUAGCACAGUCUCGUCUCUCUCUCCCUCCAACAGUUCUCUCUCUGUCUCUCUCUAGAGCCAUGGCGACGGAGAGACGAAACCCUACUCUUCUCUCUCUCAUUGCCCUCUCUCUCCUCGCGAUCGCGUCGGCCGAAGUCUUUUUCGAAGAACGUUUUACCGAUGGUUGGGAAAGUCGGUGGGUGAAAUCAGACUGGAAGAAAGAUGAGAACAUGGCUGGGGAGUGGAACUACACUUCUGGUAAAUGGCAUGGAGAUGCUGAUGAUAAAGGCAUCCAGACCAGUGAAGACUACAGGUUCUACGCUAUAUCAGCUGAGUACCCUGAAUUCAGUAACAAGGAUAAGACCUUAGUUUUCCAGUUUUCUGUUAAGCAUGAACAGAAGCUUGACUGCGGUGGUGGCUACAUGAAGUUGCUUAGCAGUGGAAUUGAUCAAAAGAAAUUUGGUGGUGAUACCCCGUAUAGCAUCAUGUUUGGUCCAGAUAUCUGUGGUUACAGCACCAAGAAAGUCCAUGCCAUUCUUACGUACAACGAAACAAAUCACUUGAUCAAGAAGGAUGUUCCUUGUGAGACAGACCAGCUGACUCAUGUCUAUACAUUUAUCCUCCACCCGGAUGCCACCUACAGCAUCCUUAUUGACAAUGAGGAGAAGCGAACUGGUAGCUUAUACUCUGAUUGGGACCUUCUACCGCCAAAGGAAAUCAAGGACCCAGAGGCCAAGAAGCCUGAAGAUUGGGAUGACAAGGAAUAUAUUCCUGAUCCUGAAGACACGAAGCCAGAGGGAUACGAUGACAUCCCAAAGGAGAUACCAGAUCCUGAUGCCAAAAAGCCUGAGGACUGGGAUGAUGAGGAAGAUGGCGAGUGGACAGCCCCCACAAGGGCUAAUCCUGAGUACAAGGGUCCAUGGAAACAAAAGAAAAUUAAGAAUCCCAACUACAAGGGAAAGUGGAAGGCACCUAUGAUUGCCAACCCAGAUUUUAAGGAUGAUCCUAAUAUCUACGUUUUCCCGAGUUUGAAAUAUGUGGGCAUUGAGUUGUGGCAGGUUAAAUCUGGAACCUUGUUUGACAAUGUCUUGAUUUGUGAUGAUCCGGAAUAUGCCAAAAAGCUGGCAGAGGAAACAUGGCGCAAACACAAGGAUGCCGAGAAGACGGCAUUUGAUGAGGCAGAGAAGAAGAACGAGGCAGAGGUACUUUUUUUUUGUUGUACACAUAGUUUUAAAUAUCGGCCAGUUCAUACGUUUCGGGGGAAAAAACAGGGCAAAAAAAAAAAAAGUUUCGGAAUUUUAGCAAAACGUGGGCUUAUUGCAGUGUGUAAAAAAAAAAAGUUUCGGAAUUUUAGCAAAACGUGGACUUAUUGCAGUGUGUGCGCGAGGCUCAAAUCCCGGAUUUGCACCCCCUAUGCGCGAAUAACUCGUGACGCGCACCCGGUUAAUUGGUUUCUGAAUCAAUUUUCCAAAUUGCCGCCCAUUUUCCUGAGCGUGCGAGACCUCUCCUUAAGUCCUCAUUCACAAACCCACUAAAGUGCAAAUUCAUUUAAAGUAGAUAGAAGUUUUGUAACUUGCCAAUGUGGGACUAGAGAAAAGUAAGCCAACUUUGGGGGCAAAAGCCGCAAAAGUAUAUUUUUCAAGUUUUAUACAUGUUGCUGAUGAUUUUUAAAAAUUUACGACCGCGACACCCGACUCCCGCGACGUAUCACCGAUACGUCCCGAUACCGAUAUACCGCGACCGAUACCGCGAUGGCGACCGAUACCGCGAUUUAAAACUAUGGUUGUACAUGACUAAUAUUCAUGAUAUUUGAGGGACAGUUUCCCCAAAAAAAAAUAAACUUACUUUUUGGACAUUUUGGGAUUUUUCUUGGAUUCUUUCAAAAAAACAAUUGGGUGCAAGUCAUAAUUUUUUACUUUUCUGAUUCCUCUCAUCAAGAUAAACCAAUAAUCAACAAAAAUAACGAAUUCGAUUUUUUUUUAAUAAGGACUAAACAAAAAGCCAAGUUGGCUUUUUUUGGGAAACUGGCCCCGAGAAAUGGUAAUGCUCAUUCGUAGUGUUUGGUUUGGUGGAAUGAUUUUUUAGGGUCAUUCCUUCGCCUCCCAAUGGGAUUGGUAUUCAUUCACCUAAAAUUGGUGACUGCCUAGGAAAUCUAAGGUGGAUUUCCAAGGGAAUGACCUUUGGAUCUUCAUUCUAGUGAACGAGACACUGCCCUAAUAUAUUUAGGUCACAAAAUGGAUUGAUUUUAGAAAGGCUAUUCCUUGGCAUCCCAGUGGAAUGGGCAUACCACUAAAUUGGUGAAUGGGUGAUUCUAUUUUCAAUAUAGAUCUUUGUAAAUAUUUUUAGCAUGUCAAAGGUCAGAAUGAUCCAGUGGACCAAACACUACCCUAGUAUUUCGAGAUCUGAAAAUGCAUUACUGCAUAUUCAAGAUGUAGUACCUGUGGGGAAAUAUAACUAGCUUAUAAGAGUCUGAACAUUUUACUGGGUGAAUAUUAAUUCUGCAUUUUCUGUCUUUUGUUAACUUCUGGAUUUGAUUUUCUCAGGAAUCAAA